AUGUCGCGCAUCAUCACAGCUGCGGUCCUCCUCUACAUCCUCGCCGUCGCUGCCGUCAGCGCGGUGGCCGAGGCCCCAGCAGAGUCACCGAACGCCAGCACUCCUGCCAAGGCACCCGAGUCUGGAGCCAAGAGGACUACUGCCCCCGCUAAGGUCCCCGAAGCCGCUGCCGCCACCUCCACCCCCGCCGCCGCGCAGGCCCCAUCGUCUUCGUCUAGGAAGUCUGGUCCAGCUGCCGCGCCGACCACCGCCUCUACUACACCGCCUUCUUCUUCUUCCACGGACGAGGAGUUGGUCCCUUCCCCGGCAGCAUCCACCGCGCCAGCGGUGUCCCCUGCCGCUGACGGGCCUGCUGAGGGACCGGCGGCUGCUGAUGACUCCGGUGCUGCUACCCUUGGAAGCGGAGCUGCCAUCGCCGGCGUUGCCGCUGCUGUCGCUACUAUGAUCUUCUACUGA